UAAUUCUUACGUUUAUAUUUUGAACCAUUUUUUCAUGACCUGAAGAGCUCUUCGGGGUUAGUACUUGUACCAACGACCAAUAAAGUGCUCGAUGCAUACAUCCCUGAUGAUACUGGGGGUGACGAAGAGGACGAGGACGACUACCAGGAGGAGGAGACGGAGCUUGACCACACCAUCCCCCAAGUCCAUCACAGAUGUUCCUGAAGCUCCCUCAAUAGCCAAGCGAUAAGCUCACCUCACCCCCUCGUCUGCAGGCCUUCAAAAGAACACAUGUGCCACUGACACGGCCUGGGUCAUCAUAUUCUCCUCCUCCUCUGCCACAGCCAUCCUCUACAUAUAGCCCCACCCAUCCUCCAAGACACACCGAUCCUCGCCGAACUAAGCCUGCCACGCUGUCCCGCAGACCGCCCACCCCUCCACCAGCGGACAUGCCCCCUUUGUCUCCUAUCCCUGACCCACCAGUCCUACAAGAGCAACUGGGCGUACCACCCCAGCCUACCCUUGAUGACCCUGAUGAUGAAAAAGACGAGACACUUGGACCUGAUAGCAUGCCGGGCUACGAGAGAGUGGAGGCUCUUGCAAGUUAUUUGGACCAUUUUUGUCAAGACAGGGGAGUAAUCACAAACCAACAGGGCAACAGAAUUAUCGAGCUGUGGAAUGCUCUACACCGUUCGGAUAAGACUGUGAGGGUACCUCCCCAUCAUCAGCAAAAAUUUACCAAGGGUAGGUUCAAGCAUUUCAGGGGAAUGACAGUGAUUCCUGGCAAUGACGGCACUUGUCGGUGUUUCUUGGGGGAAAAUACUGGCCCAGCUGUACCUGGCCUGAUGCCAACAGGUACACGGAGUGCAUCAUUGACAAGCUGUGCUCUAAUGUACCCUGGCCAGGUUCGACAUCGGGGCCACAGCAUUCAGGGAUGGUCACUCAUCAUGACAGCCUACAAGAACAUCCGUGACAAAGUGCUGUCCUCCUCACCAGUUGGAGUUCUUUCACCAUGA